UCCGUCAGAGCACCAUGAACCAGCCCAGCUCCCCGUCCUCCAGACCCGCGCUGACUCUCCACCCGUCCCCCUGACACUCACACCAUGAAGAGGCAAAACGUGCGGACCCUCGCCCUCAUCAUCUGCACCUUCACCUACCUGAUCGUCGGCGCCGCGAUCUUCGACGCGCUCGAGUCCCAGAAGGAGAGGACCGAGCGGACGCGGGUGGGCAUGAAGAAAGACGACCUGCUCCGGACCUUCAACUUGUCCAAGGAGGACUUCGACGAGCUGGAGAAGGUGGUGCUGCAGCUGAAGCCGCACAAAGCCGGCGUGCAGUGGAAAUUCGCCGGCUCGUUUUACUUCGCAAUCACUGUGAUCACGACCAUAGGAUAUGGCCAUGCAGCCCCCAGCACAGAUGGAGGGAAGGUGUUCUGCAUGAUCUACGCCCUCCUGGGCAUCCCUCUCACUUUGGUCAUGUUCCAGAGCGUCGGUGAGCGCAUCAACACCUUCGUCAGGUACCUGCUCCACCGGCUGAAGAAGUGCCUUGGCAUGAGGCGUACUGAGGUCUCCAUGGUCAACAUGGUGAUCAUCGGCUUCAUAUCCUGCAUGAGCACGCUGUGCGUAGGGGCGCUAGCCUUCUCCCACUUUGAGGGAUGGAGCUUCUUUCAUGCUUACUACUACUGCUUCAUCACGCUCACCACCAUUGGCUUCGGGGACUAUGUGGCGCUGCAGAGUGAGCAUGCUCUGCAGACCAAGCCGGAGUAUGUGGCCUUCAGCUUCAUCUACAUCCUGACGGGCCUGGCUGUGAUCGGAGCCUUCCUCAACUUGGCAGUUCUGCGGUUCAUGACCAUGAACGCCGAGGACGAGAAGCGGGAUGCUGAGCAGAGGGCUCUGCUCGCUCAUAAUGGUCAGGCGGGUGGACACAUCCACUGCUCGGUAGACCCGGCCUCCUCCUCCUCCACGCCAUCUGGUUGCGGCGGAGGAAGCGCUGUAGGAGGUAGCGGGGGAGGAGCAGCGAGCCGGGGUCUACGUAACGUUUACGCUGAGGUGCUCCACUUCCAGUCCAUGUGCUCCUGCCUUUGGUACAAGAGUCGAGAGAAGCUGCAAUACUCCAUACCCAUGAUCAUCCCACGUGACCUCUCCACCUCGGACACCUACAUGGAGCAGGGAGAGGCGUUUUCCAACCCCCUGCACUCUAACGGCUGCGUGUGCAGCCUGCAGCGCCACUCAGGCAUCAGCUCAGUUUCCACUGGUCUGCACAGCAUCAACACCUACAGAAGACUCAAUAAACGCAGGAGCUCCAUCUGAAUCAGGAGGACUUCAUGCAUCAAGGUCAAGUCCACUUGUGUGCACCAUGUGGUGAGGGAGGGCCCUGCUACUGUGGUACUAGAUUGGAUGUGGACAUCACGGGCACACAGUUCUAAAGAGAGGCACGACUCCUGAUGUUUGCUGCUUUCUGACACUGAAGAGCCUGGUGCUGCAGUCUCCAGCUGUGUAUUUAACUUCCAUUAGCUAAGCACAAAUCAUUUAGGACUAACAUCAUUACUGAUGUCACUGAGAAGCGCUAAUGGUUGUUUAAGAAGCGCUCGCUUCACAAACUGUUGCUGUUUAAAGACAGGGACAGAAAUACACGUGCAGCGCUGCAUGUCUGAAUUCCAAUGUUAAAUAUCAUUAUAUUGAAUUCAGUGUUUUUUUUCUUUGUUGUUUAUAAGACAGAAUUUCAUGUUCUCAUAUGAAAAAGGGACAAAGUACACUGUGAGAUAUGUUUUUAAGGGGGACUUGGGGUGUGUUUACUGUACAUAAUGCCCACCUCAGAAAUAUUUUAUGGGAUAAUCUUUAAUCCACUUUUUCCAAAAAGACUUUCCAAAAGGAAUCUUUGGUUGUUAAGUAUUAAACGCUGACUGAUUGUUUUGAUGGUGAAUGAAUGAGCAGGUUUGGCUUCAAUGUGUUGUUGAAGGACAGGACAGUUGUAACUAAUGUUAAAGUGUCUCUAACCACUAGGCCUCCCUGCUGACCCUUUCAGACCUCACUGAUGUAUUUUGUACAAAUCACUAUGAACUAUUUUCCAUAGUU